UGGCAUCAGUGAUGAUGUGACUUCCACCAAAUUUCAUAAAGCUUGCAAAAGAUGCCUACUCACCUGAUCUCAUUGCAGCAUCAGACUGCAUGCUUGGGAAAAUUGGAUAUGGCACUGUCAGUGAAGCCCUGGCAUUCAAGCUACCAUUUGUCUUUGUGCGAAGAGAUUAUUUCAAUGAAGAACCCUUUUUGAGAAAUAUGCUCGAGUGUUACCAGUGUGGUGUUGAGAUGAUUAGGAGAGAUUUACUCACUGGUCACUGGAAACCUUAUCUUGAACGUGCAAUUAGUUUGAAACCAUGCUAUGAGGGAGGCAUUAAUGGAGGCGAGGUGGCAGCUCACAUUUUGCAGGAGAUAGCUUGUGGUAAAAACUAUGCUUCAGAUAAGUUCAGUGGAGCAAGGAGAUUCCGAGAAACCAAUGUCCUUGGUUAUCAAUUACAAAGGGUCCCAGGACGAGCUCUUUCCAGAUGCACUGAUGAUUUUGAGAUUCUACAUGGAGAUCUUCAAGGUCUUCCAGAUACAAGGAGUUUCUCAAAGAGGUUGGCAGAGCUAGAUACUGCACAUGACUCUCAGUAGAAGACUACUUGUAUGCUAGAUAUUGCAUGCAAGUUAACAUUUAACUUGGCCUAUAGCUGGUUGUUUUUUUUUCCUUUACUACGAACAAG